AUGGAUGGAAUGUUGGAUUUAUCUCGGGUCGUGGUUCAAGGAUGGAGUUACGGCGGCUACAUGUCACUGCUAGCAUUGGCGAAAUACCCAGAUGUAUUCCGCGCUGCAAUAGCGGGAGGUGCUGUAACUGACUGGAAACUUUACGAUACAGCUUACACAGAACGAUACCUUGGAUACGGUUCGGAUCGAGAUCCGGUUUACGAUGAAUCCUCCGUCAUCAAACAUGUUGACAAACUGCCCGACCAGCCCGGUCGUCUUUUGCUUGUUCAUGGACUUUUGGACGAGAAUGUGCACUUUCGGCACACGGAAGCACUUAUAGAGCAACUUAUCAAAGCAGGAAAACCUUAUCAGUUGCAGGUAAGUCUGCUAUGCAGUUGAGG